AUGACUGUAGAAGGAAAUUCAUUAAUCAAACAAAUGCUUACGUUAGCUAGUAAAUGGGUUAAUGCGAAAGCUCGUUUACUUCAAUUCUCAGAGGAUAAUAGUAAAACUGAGUCAGAAACAGUUAAGUAUAACGAACCUUUUCUCAAACAUUGUGCUACAGAGCUAACAAAGUCUGUUCUGGAUACUAAACGUGAACAUGAUAAACUCAAUGAACAGUUGAGCUGUCUUGAAAAUCAAUAUGCAAAUACUUAUUAG